GCCCUCACGGGGGAGGGCAGAGCGCGAGGCGGGCCGGGCCGCUGCCUCUCCCGCUCCCAGCAGCAGGUGGAGGGCUCCGCUGGGGCCGGGCGGCUUUUUCUCCCCUCCCCGGUUGUGUCUGAGAGCGAACAACUCCGCUUCUGCGGGCGUCGGAGGCGGGGGCGUCCAUCUCCCCUCUGGGGGCUCGAGGGAUCGCCGGGACUCCCCUCGCCAUGGCUUUCACCUUCGCUGCUUUCUGCUACAUGCUGUCGCUCGUCCUUUGCGCCGCGCUCAUCUUCUUCGCCAUCUGGCAUAUAAUCGCCUUUGAUGAGCUACGGACGGACUUCAAAAGCCCAAUAGAUCAGUGCAACCCAGCCCAUGCAAGAGAGCGGCUGAGAAAUAUUGAACGUAUUUGCUUCCUCCUGCGAAAGCUGGUGUUGCCGGAGUAUUCCAUCCAUAGCCUUUUCUGCAUAAUGUUUUUGUGUGCUCAGGAAUGGCUCACACUGGGCUUAAAUGUUCCCCUGCUUUUUUAUCACUUCUGGAGGUAUUUUCGUUGCCCAGCAGAUAGUUCAGAACUCGCUUAUGAUCCACCUGCAGUCAUGAAUGCUGAUACCUUGAGUUACUGUCAAAAGGAGGCCUGGUGUAAGCUAGCUUUCUAUCUCCUUUCUUUCUUCUACUAUCUUUACUGCAUGAUCUACACUUUGGUGAGCUCUUAACUAAAAGAUCAUCGUUAAAGACUGAAAACAACAAAAGCUGUGGAGGUGCAAGGAGGACUGAGCCAAGUGAUGCAUGAUUCAAAGAUAAGUAAAUGAAAAUUAAAGAGAGGAAAACUUUGAACCCAAGAAAUAAAUAGAGUACGUGACAGAGACACCGAGCCAGCAGCAGAGCACCAUGAAGAAUGACUGAGUUAACUGUGUUUAUCUCCUGUCUCUGUGUGUUGCAGUAAAUGACUUUCAAAACCCAAGGGAAACAAAAAAAUGCAACCAAGUAGACUGAGUUACGGAACUGUUUUCCUCUUCAAGGAUAAUGCUGCUCAGCUAAAUGGAUUCAUCAUAAACUGUAGUCCCUACUGUCUUCCAAGGAGCAAAGUUUCUUUUUUCUUUUUUAAUGGUUGUUCUGUUCUGAUGAAGCGGAGGACAAGAUCAUCAUAAACAGCAGGAACAUUUACACAAUACGUCAUGAGAAUGAGCACUAAGUGGGGUUCAGACGAAAUGUAUGACUGUUCUGCAGGGGUGUUUGUGUGACACUUAGCAAACAGGGAUGUUGGAUCUUGGGGAAUUGCUUUCUGUGGCUUUUCUUUUUCCCCGCUCAUCUUUAACAGUAACAACAGAAUAAUUUAGAAAUUGCAGUGUUCUGUUUUUUAAUGACAAGUUAUUACUGUAGACAAACAUCCAGUAUGUUUCUGUACUUCAUUUGUGAUGCAUCAAUAACGUAGUGAUAAGUAUAAAUACAUUGGAAUUGGCCUAGCCAUAUCAAGCACAUACCAGACUAGUGUUCCUCUGGCUGCAAAAAAGACUGGUAAGAGCUACAUAAGUUAAAGAGGAUUGUAAUAUACAUAUUAUAUUCAUUAGAAUUCUGGACAAUGAAAUACCAGACCAGAUUGUGCUCUGAAUUUCUAUUGUGCAAUUUCGUUUCUGCUGUCAAAUUUAUGCUGAAAGUCACAAAAUGUUUUUUGUUCCGUACGAGGUGGGUAUUUAAGUUGUUUAGUUCUUUUUAUAACUUAAAAGGAUUUUUAUUAUUUUAUCAUAUAACUAAUAUUUAAUUUUAUACAUACGAGCUGUAAAUCUUCAUAUAUAUGUAUAUACAAAUACACAUCUAUGUAAGCACUCAUGAUCUAUUCAUAUUUUAUGUUAAUCUGUUUGAUUUACCAGGUCAAAAGCAUCAUCUGUUCAGAACUGCUGCUAAAUAUGUUUCAGCACUGAAACUAGUGAACCAGGGCCGACUCCCUCAGAAUCACUAAGGUAUUUCAAGGCAGCCACUGGUGCCCUGGGCAGCAGGAAGCUUAUAAGACUAUUAACAGCACGCACAGAGAUUGGGUCCUGCACUGUGAAUGAGCUAAUAAGACAUGUUUUUGGCAUAGAUGCUGAGGAGAACAGGGCAGAGGGUUCUGUAUGGGAACAGCUUAUUCACAACUGGUCUCGUUAGCUUUGGCCCAAUGUUGACCCUAAUUUGGUAUGGCUGUUGAGAGCCAACAGAUUGUUCCUAAGGACUUUGGGCGCAAGACUUCAGAAAGAAAGGUCCAGUCUCACGUUCAGCACUGCUCCUGUGCUAAUAAACCCUAUUUUAGAGCAUGCUGGAGAAGCAAUGGCUGUGUGCAGUAAUCUCAUGUCUGGCAAAAUAAAAACUGAGCUGGAGUUCGUGCAUUGUGUACAGUGCCAAGGCUUUUUCUGGUUUGAUCAGCCUACGCUGACAAAAUUAAAUCCUCUUAGCCUGCGAAGCACAGUUGGUGUAUGCUAACUGACUGCUCUCGGCCCAUGCCAAGAUCAUGGCUUGGAGGGAGUGCUAACUAGCUUCUGUAAAAGGUAUACCAAGGUCAUUCUAACAAUAUUUAGAUGAAGAAGUUCUGCUUAGCACUGGCAUUCUACAAUUCACCAGCACAGACAUAACCGAUAGCCUUGCAUUGUGCAGUUUUAAUUCUUACAGCCUGGCAUUCCCAUUUCUAGAAGCACACAACAAAGCUGCCAUAUCAGGUUACUUGGGAAACUAAUUUGUGCCUGAUGGUUCAUAAGUUUGGAUUGCACGUGUUACAGAAGUGACUGAACUGCUCUUCAAAUCACAUUGAUCUUGCAGUCAGCAUGGGUGUAUUUGCUUGGAGUGUGCUUGAGUUAAGGAACGUUGAGUGGUUACAGAGCUAACUCUGAUAGCUCUUAUGCCAUGGUAUAAUUAAUGCAUAAUCCAUAAAAAGCUGAAGAUUGUCUGUUACUGGACUUCUUCUGUACAUACUAACUGAAAGCAUCUAAUUCUACAGAAGUAUGGAAGCUAGCUCCACAGGAGAAAAUAGGCAUUGCUGUGAUAACUUCUAGGCAUCUUGCUACCGCAUAAAACUCCCAACUCUGAGGAGGUGACUGAAUCUUUUCACACAUCUUCCAGGGUGCAUCCGAGGUAGAAAACACGAAAUUCAGAUUUCCAGCAUUCCAGAUAAGUGCUUUGAAAUCAGCUCCUUCUGGCCAAAUUAAUCUUUCUUGAGAGUGGAUGAUGAGAGAUGUUCAGAGCAUUCUCGAGUCCGUCUUACCCUAACUUAUCCUUGUUAUGAGUGGAUAAUGAAAGCUGGCUUUUUCAGUUCUUACCAAUAAAAAAUAACCCCAUUGCUUUCAAUAACAAUUUAUCUUAAAGAAAAAUUGUGUUCUAAUUCUAUUGAAAAAACUCGUUAAUUGAGGAUACUUCUCCUUUCUUGGAAUUAUAAAUUCCAGGAGUAUAAAUAACUUACAAAACUGGCCAAGGCAUUAAUUGGACGAUGUUUUGGAUUUAUCUACAGCCCAGAACUCAAGAGCAUGUCUAAGCUAUGUGACAGUAUCAGAAAGCUGCUAGUACUGCAGAUCUCACAGACAACAGAUACAGCCCUUGGUAUUUUCCUUGCUUGGUGUUGUUGCCCAGACAUGUUGCAGUAUCUUGCUGGAUUGCCCCAGCAGACCAACAGCACUUGGCUGCAGUCAUGGGCUACACCAUUAUGCGUUGUGGCUGCUGUGGCAGAUGGACUUCAAUACCAUAUUCAUACUUGCGUGCAGAUCAAUCAUUUUCUCAUAAUGACAGGACUUUGUUAAUAACCUUUGUAGUAGAAAAUUUAUCACUGCUUUAAAAGGUCCAUAAAUUUACCCCGUAUUCUUCUGUGUCAAGGCUAAGGGCUGUCUGCUGAACAGUUAUAUACCUGUGUGUAGUGGAUGAUUUCAUAACCAGAUUUACCAUUUUCACUGUUACACUUGCUAGGUAAGUUAUGAGAGAAAAAGUGUGAAUAGAGGUAGGAAGAAUGAUAAAGAUACAGGUUGGCCUCUUAGUACCUGGCUAUCUUGCUGCUAAACAUGAGCAAAGCAUACUUGGACCAAACCAGGCAAGUGGAUCUGCAUAGACAGGAGUGAAUAAUAGAAAAAGUGAUGAGAUUUUCAGUUACAAGGUCUUCUCUUCCCUGUGUGACGCUUAAGGAAGAAAUAAUCUCUGCCAUCCCUUUUGUCACCAGUUCUCCUUCUUGGUGGCUGGAGGUUGCAUAUUUCCUCAAGCCCUCUUGCAUCCUGCCUCUUCUCCUGGAAAAGUACGUACUAUUGCUUUGGAGCAGCACUUCUCUCACAUGCUCUGGUGAUAGAGAUGAACCUCACAAAGGUCAUAAGAAAUCACAUUAUUUCCCUUGCUCCCUUGAAGAGAUGUGCAGUGGUGGGACACAUUCAUUUUCUUCAUUUGUACCAUCUGUAAAGUGAGAAUGGUGCUGCCUACCUUGUGCAAUCUUUCCACACAUAUAAUACUCCCUUUCUUUUCAUGAAUGCUGAAUGUAUUUAAAGGAAAAAGGUAGGAGGUGGAAAAAUAAAAUGUGAGUGGAUGAAACCUGAAGGAGCUGCGUAUCAACAGGGUGGCUGCACAGCAUGCUGGCCCAGAGCUGCCUCCCCCUGCCUAUGAUGGAAAGGCAGCCCCAAUGGGGAGGAGCUGCUCUGUGCUUCUCUUCUAUUUAUAGUCAGGUAACUGAACUGCAGUGAUGUUGAAAGAAGUCACUGCAGCGAUGACUGUUUCAGUUUCAAAUGCAGCAAUUCAAUGCUGAUAGCAGGUGAUGCUUCACCUACAAAUAACUAACUGCACUUAGAGUGUCAUAAAUGUAUUUCCAUCUGUUCCUGGGGCCAUAGGCUUCCUUUUGCACCAAGGUACUGAAACUGAAGAAAGAGUUAUUCAACCUACACCUUCACAUAGAAACUGUAUGGAGGUUGCAAUGACCUGACACUGCUGUGGGCUCGUGCUUGUUCAUUCAUUAGCACGGAUAUUAGCACUCUGAUUUUCUUUCUCUAUUCUGUCUCCACACAGAUACGUAAUAACUAGUAAGAUUAAUAAUUUUACAGGGCAUGGUCCAAAGUCCUUGAAUUUACUGGAGAUUUUCCUUUCAUUCCAAAGGACGUUGGAUCAUGCCCAUGUAUUGCUCUAGAGCUAUGUGGGAAAUCUGUCCACAUUAGAAACUCCCUAGAAUUUUGCUGGUAAAGAUCUUGUCUUUUAGAUCUUGAUGUCACAUCCGUUUGCGUUAACUAUAUUAAUGGAAGAAGAACAUGCACAUCAGAGGGAUAAGAGGGAUGUUCCAGUGCCAGACUGUCAGUGAACUUGGAUUCACUGGCCAACCAAUUUACAGGUAAGAAAAUAACUACUUUAAUUGUAUAAGCACUUAAAAAUAUUUAUAGAACAGUGGGCCAACUUGGUAAAAAUAUGGCUUCAAAGGAGUUAAUGGAAGUUUUGUCUCUUACUUCAUGUGGGUCCCCCUCAUCACUGUGCAAUUCCUGCCAAGAUGAGAAUGGAAAUUAAAAAUAGAAGGAAAAAAAUAGCAAAAUAACUUUGUUUGGUCAAAGAUGUUACUGGAUAUUAGAUAAAGCUUGUAUUACCAUAAGCAGAACAGGAGGUAAAAUGGUAGUAUUAAGAUGCAGUAUCUUUGUUUAGGAAGCAAUUAUUAUCAAUCUACCACCCGUGCAGCACCGAGCUUUACAUCAGUGACCUCAAUCCAUUCCUAUCCUGGUGAGUUUAUCAUUUUUUAUCAUUCCUUAAUCACAAACACGUUGUUCUGAUUUAUUCUGUGCAGGAAUGCAAUUGUAGGUGGGCAGGAGGGAAAAUUCUGCUCUGAAAUAAAGCAUUUCCCCCUUUCUUUCCUCCCAAAUAAUCUGUGAGUAUGUGAUAACAGAAUUCUGAUGGUUUCAGUGAUACAUCUCAGUGAUGCAGUUUUUUGCUGCAGAUGAUACCGUGCUGCAAUUUAAUAAACCACUGUUCUAUAAAUAUUUUUAAGUGCUUAUACAAUUAAAGUAGUUAUUUUCUUACCUGUAAAUUGGUGGGCAGCUUCUCAUUCAAGAACAAAUGUAGUUCUAUGGCCUAGUUCUAUGAGUUUCUGGGUAGUCAGACUCUCAGUAAAGCUCUGGGGGAAAUAAAGUACCUUUUAAAAAUGUCUCUUAUGGUAAUGUAUGUAGGUCAUACAUUAUGGAAGUGGAACAAAAUGUUAAGAGCCAAAAGUACUUAUUUUGUCCAAAGCUUGAAUAGAUGUUGCUUUCCCCCUCUCCCCCCAUGAAGCAUCUCUAAUAUCACCAUUGUGUCCUGACAGGUCUGGAAAGAUCUGACUAUCCUGCUGUUGUGGUAGUUCAGUCUUAUUAAGCAGAUUUCCAGAUAUUGAUCAUUGACAUGAAACACUGCCAGGAGAGCAUAGCUUCCUACAAACUAUGCCAAGAUUUAUGCAGCCAAAGUAUAGUCUUGUGGGAUAGCUCAAACCAGAAUUUCGGCUCCAUCUGCAGUAUAGUACUUCCAUUUUGCUUAGUUUAUGAAACAAUGUAAAUCACAAGACAGAAGGUAAUCUGGCUGUCACUGUGAAUAGGAACGCAAAGUUUGGCCACAGUUAUUUCAAAUAAUUACUGUUUCAGAGUUAUUGACAGAGUAAAGUUACUGGAGUUGCUAAUUGAGCUGUUAAUUGCAGCUUUAGCAAUCCAUAAAUUCAUUUCUUUUGAAACAAGAAUUCUUAGACCUUACCUGACACAAUGUGGCAAAUAUAAAUAUAUUAAAAUAAUAACAAUAAAAAACUGCACAUGCAAAAUAUAGUAAAUAUAACUGACUCUUUAGCAAAUAUCCAAAUAGCUCUGCUGUUUACAUGUAAUUUCUAGGUCUUAUUACGAGACUCUGGACUUUUGAAGUACUUGAACAUAGCCAUUGUCAAGAAUAGUUUUGCUAUAUAGGCGAAUAUGAGUUUGGUUAUGUCUUCACAGCCACCAAGAAGUCUUGUCAUGUAGGGACACUUACUGCAGAGCAGAUGACAUUCCCUUUGUCACUUUGAAUCGCUUGCUCUUUCUUAAGGUAAGGACAUGACAGUCCAGAACUCUUAGCCAUUUGCAGCUAAUGACGUUGACCUACCUUGUCUUUACAAGCACACACUGGUCAUACCUUAAGGCAAAAGCAGUCCUCCCUGACCUGUUUGUUUUUGAGGUUCAGCUUUUGCUGUUUUGAGGUGGUUUGCUGUUUCUUUGCUUUGUUUUGUUUUGUCUGCAAGGAGAAUUUGUUUCCUGUGCCUAAUAAGCAGCGUCUUUAUGUUGGUUUUGGAAACCUUCCUCCCAGCUGUUCUUUUGUAGGGGGUGUUUUAGUAGGGUUUCAAGUGGACUCAAUCCAUCUCUUUUUCAUCUGAGGUUUCUCCUCAGGUCUGACUUUCAGCUUUCCUGCUGUUUCUUUGCUGAGAGGAUGUCUGGCUAGGGAGAGGUACAUAGAUGAAUUAUAAAGCUAUACAAAAUAUCUGGAGGAGGAGGAUUCCUGUCUGUCUUUUCUCAUAGUGUAAAAACAGUGGGAGCACUGGAAGAAAAUUGAGGCAAAGGUAUAACACAUGAAAAGAAAUCUAAACCACUUUCUAAUCGGUGAAAGUUCUUGUUGAAAGAGUAAAGCUGCAGAAGAGAUACAAACCCGUGUAUCUCAGGAGACAUUUAACUAUCAGUGAAUUCAGUUCAGCAGGCUAUAUACACUUUGUCCGGCUUAUCAGUUAUGAAGCAUUUCCUGCUUUGCUCUUUUCUCUAAGUAAUGCCUAGCAUUGCACAGCUGGAUUUGGGAAUUACAGGGCUAGAUGGUAUUAUAAUGUAAAUAAUUAAUAUUUCUUUUCCUCAUGGGAGGAAGCAACUGAAUUCAGUAGAAUUAGUCAAAAUGCAUUUGUUCCACUGUCGCCAAGAUCAAUGCCUGACCUGGUGCAUUGCUGAGCCUUAGGGCUAGCUGACAAACUUCAAUGCUUUCCCCUCCAUAAGGCUGUAACUCGAUGCUGCCAAAAAGCAGAGAAUUAGAGAAUAAAGGAAAUAAAAAAGCAACCCAUUCUAGCAUGCUGCACCCUUCUAAUCACUCCUUGCUACAACCUUUCACCCUCUCCCUUCAUCACACAACUGACAUCCUGCUUUACUGAUCUUGCAGUGUUGCAUUGAGAGCAUGCCCAGUGCAAGCUCAGGCUGAGGUGGUGGUACUGGCUGUACCUACAUUGUUUGUCUGCCUGUGGGUAUUUAUUUGGUAAUAAAAACAUCUUCAUUUGGUUUUAACUAGGUACAAAUGCAAAUCAGCUAAUUUGAUAUAAAUCCUUUUUUGUUCUGAAAUAGGACUAAAUCUGCAUUAUAUAUCUAUACAUCUACAGAUGCUGCGUAUUGCAGCAGGUCCAAGUGUUGGUAUUUCUUACAGGAUUACAGUAAGUGGGAAGAGGAAGCAGUGUUUCUGGGCUGUAGUGACUUCUACCAAGUUCGUUUGAAACUCCUUUUCAGCAAACAGUGCUGGAGGUCCCUGAGGAGCUGUUGUGCCCAUGUAACUGGGAUCUUUGGUAACCCCGAGUCCUAUCGAGUGCCUGGGAUGGUCUUAGAAGUGGGUGUUCAGGCCCAGCUGUACAUACCUGGCUCAGCAACAGUGAGCAAUUCCAACAGUGGCCAGAGCCUUAGAGGAGCAUCUAACAGUGCUGAUGGAUGUGUUAUGAUCUGUCCGGUAUGUUAAGUCUCAUCCUGGCCGCAUACAGAAGGAGAUUAGUAUAAGCCUCUGCUGGUUGAAGUUAAUAUCUCUUAGUCACAACUCCUUUUUUUUUUUUUUUUUAAUGUAUUCAAAUAUCCAAUCUGUUAUUCCAACUGAAUUUUUGGUUUUAUUUGGCUAUGGGCUCCAGAAUUUUAUUAGAUAUUGUUUGGAAAAUAUAUAUGUAUUAUUUUGGAAUGUAUUCCUAGGUUCAUUAAAAGUCCCCAUUCUCAGAGAUUGACAAAGCAGAAAAUUUUGAUGUGUCACCUUCACAAUGUUCAUUAUCAAUUUCUGUUAUGAACCAUUUUGUCAUCUCUUUAAAGUGAUCUAUACUAGAAUUCUGAGUGCUUCUGCACCUAUUUUUAUAUGCCUCAUCUGAGCCUUUGUCUCCUUUUGUGGUAGCAUAAUGGCAUAUAUUUUUAAUUUGGUUGAUUCAAACAGCAUUUUUGCAUUCUGCUUGCUAUUCAUUAUUGUGCUGCACAUGCAAUCUUGCAUGUUUACUUUUUUUUGUGUUUAAAUUACAGCUGCCAGGAGGCACAAGUCUUUCCUGAGCGCUCCAACUGCAAUAGCCAGUUGGGCAGACAUCCAACUGGACAGAUUGGACUGAGAUAUCUGGUUGAACCCAUUCCUUAUUUGGAUUUGGAAUCCAAAUCAGCCACUUUUUAAACCAAAAUAAAGCUGUGCACCAGCCCUUGAGUUGCAAAGUCUGUGGGCUCUGUGGACCAAAUGCAGCUGUGUGGCAUGUAGGCCCCCAAACAGAAACUUUACUCAUCCUGAUUUGUCCAGCCAAGAGGAAUGGCUGUCUGAUGAGUUGCUGGAAGGAAGGAGCAUUACACUGUGAGGUUUGUCUAUCACUUGCAAAGAAAUCUGAAUAUCAUGCGUGUGACAUAUCUGGCUAGCACAAGAAAUCUUCUAUUAAAGAGAGCCAGCAUAGUUUAAUAUUUUAAGUACAUGACAGGGAAGCCUACAUUUAUUUUCGAUUAUCCUAAUGACUUAUUUUCAAUGAGGCAUCGCUUUCUUUUCAAGAUCAUUGACUUUUCCCUUUCUCUAAAAUUGGAUAAAUGUUGAAAAUUGCAGUUUUGUAAUGAAUGAGGAAACUUUCAGAUGCAGUGUGUCAGAGAGGAAAGAACAGAAUUGAUAUCACAGCUCACAAAUGUUAGCUAACUUGAAAUUGGGGGAUUUUGAGUGGUUAACAUGUUGCAUGCCAUCUUACAAAGGGUUCUUCCUCAGCAGAAGUCUUUAAAUGAUAUCAUUGAGUUGCGUUGGUUUCAUAAAUUAUAUGUCUUUAUUUGCAUAGUAGCCCAACAAGUUCAUCAGCCAAGCUCCUGUGUGUAAGAAAUCUAAUGCGUUUUGUUAGCAGCGUGAGUAGUUCUUAGAUCUGUGGAUUAUGGCACAUAGCAUUUCAGGUCUGAGUGUUUGUGAGCCUCCAGGAAUAUAUCAGCUGACUGACAGUUACCAGAAUUUUGUUUUAAAACUUUUAAAGUUUUAUUUUAAAUUCAUUUAUUUAUA